AUGUUGACGGUGUGGUUGGUUCUCACCGGUGCGCUCGCGGUCACCGCGCAGUUCCCGCGUGAGUGCACGAGCCCGGAGGUCCUGCGCACCGGCCGGUGCUGCCCGUCCCCGUCCGGCCGCGCUGAUGACCCGUGCGGCGCGAGCCUAAACCGUGGACAGUGCGUGUCGGUGCGCGCGGACACUCGCCCCCACGGGUCCCAGUACCCGCACGUGGGCAGAGACGACCGCGAGCGCUGGCCGCUCCGCUUCUUCACCAGCGCGUGCCGCUGCAACGGGAACUUCUCCGGUCAUCACUGCGGCCGCUGCAGACACGGACUGACCGGGGCCAACUGUGACGUACCUGUGGCCGUGGUCAGGAGAAACAUUAUGACCCUGAACCCGACCGAGAGGAGAGCCUUCGUGAACACGCUGGACCAGGCUAAGAGGACCGUACACCCGGACCUGGUGAUCGCCACCCGCCACUACGAAGGCCUCUUCAACCCCGAUGGAAACAGCACCAUGUUCGAAAACAUCACCAUCUACAACUACUUCGUCUGGUCCCACUACUACUCCGUCAGUAAAACCUUCCUGGGUGGGGGGCAGCCCAGCUUUGGGGGGGUGGACUUCUCUCAUGAGGGACCUGGGUUCGUAACCUGGCACAGAUUCCACCUGCUGCAGCUGGAGCGGGACAUGCAGGACAUGCUGGGAGAUCCCAGUUUUGCUCUGCCCUACUGGAACUUCGCUGUGGGAGGGAACCAGUGUGAUAUCUGUACGGACGACCUGAUGGGCGCCAGGAGCAGCUUCGAUCAAAAUGGAAUCAGUUCCAACUCCAUCUUCUCCCAGUGGCGUGUGGUGUGUGAGAGUGUGGAUGACUACGAUACACUGGGAACCAUCUGCAACAGUACAGAGAGCAGCCCCAUCAGGAGGAACCCGGCGGGGAACGUGGCUCGCCCCAUGGUGCAGAGGCUGCCGGAGCCGCAGGACAUCGCCGCCUGUCUGCAGGUGAACGCGUUCGACACCCCGCCGUUCUACUCCACCUCAUCCGAGAGCUUCAGGAACACCGUCGAGGGUUACAGCGCCCCGGAGGGCACCUACGACCCCGUGGUACGCAGCCUGCACAACCUGGCUCACCUGUUCCUGAAUGGGACGGGAGGGCAGACACACCUGUCCCCCAACGACCCCAUCUUCGUCCUGCUGCACACCUUCACCGAUGCCAUCUUUGACGAGUGGCUCAGAAGACACCCAGGUUCUGCCGCGUACCCACAGGAGAACGCUCCGAUCGGCCAUAACAGAGAUUUCAACAUGGUGCCGUUCUGGCCCCCCGUCACCAACGCAGAGAUGUACGCGACGGCCCCGGAGAACCUGGGCUACACCUACGAGGCCGACUGGCCAGCUCGUCCCGUCACCCUGACCGAGAUCAUCACCAUCGCCAUAAUAGCCGCGCUGGUCGUCGUGGCGAUCGUCUUCGCCAUCACUACGUGCGCCGUGCGGUCCCGGUCCUUUAGGGAGGGUCGGCAGCCUCUUCUCGGGGAGCAGUACCAGCGCUACGACGAUCACAACGACAAGAGCCAGUCUGUGGUUUAAACCCCGGUCUGAUCUUCUGUAACGUCACUAUACGUGCCAAAAGUAUUCGGACGCCUGACCGUGAGCUUGUCGGACAUCCUGGUAUCACAAUAAAACUAGAUUAACAGCCUCAAGGCGUGGAAGCAUGUCUGUGGGGAUUUGUGCCCAUUCAUUCAGUCAAGAGCAGCAUUUAAAUUGCAUUCGUACUGUUGGGCCCUUGAGCAAGGCCCUUAACUCUCAAUUGCUUAGAUAGUAUACUGUCACAGUACUGUAAGUCACUUUGGAUAAAGGCGUCCGCUAAACGCCAGAGAUGUAAAUGUAAGUGUUUUGCUGUUUAUAGAGCUCAGGCCUUCCCUAAACUGUUGCUGCAAAGUUAACAGCCCAUUAGCAACUGUUUUAGAAGGGGUGUCCCGAUACUUUUGGCCGUAUAGUGCGUACAGAAAACGAUGCUUUGAUGUGAUGCUGUAUGGAUUUAAAAUAAACCCUGAAGUGCCUGGAUUUAUCGUUCACUGUUAGUUAAAGGUCCAGACGGGCGUGGCAGGAGUGCAGGGGCCCGAAACCCAAAAGUAAAAGUGAGGUGUUUGAAACUGCUCUGUACUUGAAGGUGCUAACGUGAGUGUAAUGACUGACUGUACAUGUAUUAACAUCACUGCUUCUUUAAUAUAAACAUAAUAAAUACUACAGAUCAGUUCUGUAUCCCGACCUGAACAUAAUAAACAUCUUAUUUCUA